UGGGCCUCAGUGCAAGUAGAAUAUUGGUUGUGAGAACAUUGACUGGUCAUACAUAACUAAACUACUAUCAGAAAGUAACUUUUCUUGAAAAACUAACUUUAUCUACAUGUUGAUUUAUAUUCUUAGUUGGUAUUGAUAGACAAUUCUGAACUGUAAGUGAAGGAUCAACAUUAGACUAUAUAUAAAAAACAGUUUGGCAGUUAAUAAAGUUUUAACCACACUGACACUUUGCUGCAGACUGAGUUUUGAGGACACUAAGGUGAAGUAUCAAGGUAUCAUGGCCUUGUUACUUUUAUGUAAGGAUUCGGCAGACAUUCGUCAACAAUUGGCACCAACCAAGGGAAAACAAGAUUCUUGCGAUUGCGGUUGUAGCGAGGGGCCACCUAUUCUGCAGACACUAUUGCAGCCUGGUGCUUCAUUCUCUUCAUCAUGUACCAAAUCAUCAGAGGUACCACAUCAGCAAAACAAUACAAGUAAAUUGUUUAAUAUUCUUCAAGGACGAUCCAAUGAAUAUUCUGGAUAUAACAAAAAUGAGGAAUCACAUUUUGGACCAUACCCGCGACAGCGAAAAAAUAUGAAUGAAAUUAUGUACGACAUGGCAAAUGGACAACAAUUGAAACUAUAUGAUCAGCAGAUACAUCAUAACGCAAAGGUCAAUGCCAUGCAUUCUCCGCAACCAUAUGACAAAUUCCAUCUACCAAAUUCAAGAAUAUCACACUCGCUUUUAGCUUCAACUCCCUAUGUUGUUCCAAGGACAUUCACUAAAACACCACAAACAGCUCAAACUAACAUUGGAUCUCCUCAAUAUAUGGCAUCUCCACGGACAUACAACAUGCUUCAGCUUACUCAAGAGCAGCAGUUAUCAAAUAGAGUAAAGAUAAAUGAUAAUCCUCUUCCUCCAUAUAACAUUUGCUCACCAGGAAUCAUCGAGCUCAAAGGGUCCCCCAGUCACACCCCAUCCCCGAUGCGCUUGAGCCCAGACACACGAUCUAGUCCUUCAAUCAGUGAUGACUACCAGCGGAGGUUAGAAAGUCCUGCAUUGUCAACGUCCUCCCUGAGUAGCUUUAGUCACCACAAAGAUAUGUCCAGUGAUACCCAUUCUAAUAUCUCAUCAACCCCAGAGAGUCUGGACUCUCAGGAGGAACCUAUGGACUUAUCUACUCGCAAAGUCAUGUCUGAUAUAGGACUGAAAAAUGAUGAUUCCUUAUUGAGGGUAUUACUCUGUCGGAAAGGGUUAAAUGUUAGGAGACUGUCAACCACGAGUGAAGAAUCUCAGUCUAAGAUCUCACCUGAUGAACAAAUGUCCCCAAAUUCACCUGUCACACUUGCCAAAAAGAACUUGCUACCUAUUGGAGCUCGUGUCUCGGACUGGUUGGUGAAAAUCAUCCAGUUUGCCAUUUCAGUGCCAGAGUUCUCCACUUUGACUCACAAUGACAAAGUUGUACUUAUUCUAAAUUGCUGGGAAAAGUUAAUGCUUCUUUUCAUGGCAGAGAACAAUUUCCAUUUUGUGGUGACCCCUAAACAUCAAGAAAGUUCCGGAGAGCGUAUAAGGGAAGAUUUUCUCCCUGCUCCAGAGGUUCCUACAGUGAGGUCAUCUGAAGCCAUACAGGCCUUCAUUGGCAAGUGUUACAACAUGAAUUUAGACAAUGAAGAAUUUAACCUACUCCGUAAGAAGACUUUAUUUAAUGAAGGUGCCUCUGGUCUAGAGGAGCCCAAGUUGGUGGAGACUUUGGGUGGGUGUGCUCAAACCCGUCUACAGCAGCACAUCUCAGCAACAUUCCAACAGCACAAUGACAAAAUGAGAUACUCUAAAAUCCUCAUGUGUUUACCAUUGUUAUAUGGGAUCAAUGGAAAGAUGCUUGAAAACCUGUUUUGUAAGCACAUUACUGGAGAUAUGGACAUGGACGUUUUGUUAAAGGAGAUGUUGCAGAAACUUUGACGAUUCAACAAUUUUUUCUGCUCUGGAAAAUUAGCCAUAUUGUGAUUUUGACACUAAAACGGGGCAGAAUGUUAUUUACCGGUGAACACAUAUAUUGUAUAUAUAUGUUUGUCUAUGAUUCCAGGUGGUUUUUGUAAGUGUAGUAUGGUGUUACAGAUGGAUUGAUCUAGUAGUGUAUGUAAUGUUAAUAUUUUCACAUCAAUUUGGUGAAUAGUACUCAUGUGCUUUAAGAUCCCCUAUCUACAAAAUCUCCUGGCUUUGAGUAUUUUGUAUGAAACUGAUAAGAUUCAAUAAAUUGUAAUUAACUACAAGUCAAAAAUAAAUUUAGUGUCAGAUGUACAAAUGAUAUGUACGAGGAAUAUUUUUAGUGUUCAAUAUUUAUAUUCAUAGUACAAUAACAUCAUUUCAAAGGGCAAUAUAGUGAAAUAUUGGACCAAUGCCCGAAUCCCCAAAGUCCAAUAUUUCACUA